GUCCAAGCAUAUGUGGGGAUGGGGGGAAAGAUAAGGAUGACAAAUGGAGCUAAGCUCACUCGGUCGCAUCACGUCGAAGCGGGGUUGGCAUCACCAGAGGUGGGGGACUGAUUUCGAGAAUAUCAUCACAACCACAAUCUACAGUGUUAGAGUCUACAUUGUAGCAACAUGGACCCCUCACUUGUUGCUGACAUCCCACUUACCCAAACAUUCCACUAUCGUACUACUACUCAUCACUACGACGUGCGCUGGACUGCAAUAGGUGACGCUUCCCUGCCACCAUUGAUCUUCGUGCAUGGCACCCCGUGGUCUUCGCGAGUGUGGCACGUCUUUGCAAGAUCCCUGGCUAGAUAUUUCCAUGUCUAUCUCUUUGACAACCCGGGAUUCGGCGAGAGUCCACUGGGAACUCCUCUCCCAGGGAAAGAGGAAGCCAUUAGCAAAGAAGUCGCCCUAGAUGCGGAUCUCGCACAGCAGUCGGAGGUGUUUGCUGCCCUUUACCAAUCUUGGUCGAAGGACUGGCCUCGGGCGCAUAAGAAGGCACAUGUUGUUGCCCAUGAUCACGGGGGGCUGAUGAGCUUACGGGCGCAUCUCAUCCGUUCCUGCGAGUUUGCCAGUCUGUGCUUGAUUAAUGUGGUUGCUUUGGGGCCAUUCGGGCAGCCUCUGUUCAAAUCGGUGGCGGAAAAUGAACACGUCUUUACCAGUUUGACCGGGCCGAUGUUCGAAGGAAUGGUUGAGGCAUAUAUUCGGAAUGCGGCAUACACAGAGCUGAGGAAGGAGACGAUGGCAAUGUUGAAGCGCCCGUGGAUCAUCAAUGAGGAAGGCAGAAAAGGAUUCAUUAGACAGAUGGCGCAAGCCAAUAGUCGCAGUACAGAGGCAGUCGACCGGAGAUACUCCGAAGUGGGCCAGGUGAUGCCGGUCAGGAUUAUCUGGGGGACAGAAGACCAAUGGAUCCCGGUGGAGACGGCAGAGAGACUAAGAGCGAAGUUGAAUGCCAGAGAGGUAGUGCUGAUCGAAGGAGCAGGGCAUCUUGUUAUGUAUGAUCAGGAGGGAAGGUUAGGAAUGGAAUUGGGCUGGUGGUUGAGUGAAGUCAGCCAUGCCCAGGGAUAGAUAAUGAGGUAC